AUGACAGGAGAGUUUAAGGAAAUCUCUCCUUCCAAUACUGACAAUGUCCCACCAGGUAUGGAAUCACCUCAUGACACUGAUGAGGCACCAGCAGGCCCCUCCAUACCACCUCCUCCUAUACCAGCUGCUGCACGACGAUCCAAGCGACAGCCUACCCCCGCAACAGCCGCGUCAUCGCGCCCACAGAGAGAAAGGAAGCUGUUUGAUCCUCACGAUUUCUUCAAACGGUACGGUGAAAAGGCACAAAUAGCCACGGCUAUACUCGAGCCGCAGACGUAUCACGAGGCAAUUACAGGACCACAUGCACGCUGGUGGAAGUUCGCUAUUGCCAAACAGCUCCACGAUCUCAUUGCAGCAGGCACAUGGGUACUGGUGGAUCUCCCCCUAGGCAGGAAACCAAUCACAUGCAUUUUACUUCAGUCAUUCAGAACCUAA